GCGGCGGCGGCGACGCCGGGCGCGGAGGACUGGAAGAAGGGCGCCGAGAGCCCGGAGAAGAAACCCGCGUGCCGCAAGAAGAAGACGCGCACCGUGUUCUCGCGCAGCCAGGUCUUCCAGCUCGAGUCCACCUUCGACAUGAAGCGCUACCUGAGCAGCUCGGAGCGCGCGGGCCUGGCCGCGUCCCUGCACCUCACCGAGACGCAGGUCAAGAUCUGGUUCCAGAACCGCCGCAACAAGUGGAAGCGGCAGCUGGCGGCGGAGCUGGAGGCCGCCAACCUGAGCCACGCCGCGGCGCAGCGCAUCGUGCGGGUGCCCAUCCUGUACCACGAGAACUCGGCGGCCGAGGGCGCGGCGGCCGCGGCCGCGGCGGCCCCGGUGCCGGUCAGCCAGCCCCUGCUCACCUUCCCGCACCCCGUCUACUACUCGCACCCGGUGGUCUCGUCCGUGCCGCUGCUGAGGCCGGUCUGA